AGAGAGAGAGAUUUGUACAGGGGAGGGACAGACAUUCUCCAGCCGAGGAGCAGAGCCUCAGUCUGGGCAGCAGAGAGCAGCGCUGUCUGCCUCCACAUCUCCACAUCCUCUCCAGACAGCACCACCCGUUUUUUUUUGGACUAGACACCCCCUGUGCUGUGUCUACGAGCAGGAGUGUGUGGCUGUGUGUCAAUCGUGGAGAAAGCAUCAUCAUCUAGCAGCAGCAUCUUCGGUCCCCCCCCCACCACCAUAACGCGGAACAGGGGAGCACAGCAGCAGAGCAGAGGAGAGGAGCCAGACAGACAGAAGAGGUGGCAUGGAGGAGAGGUGUGUGCGUGUUUGUGCGCGGAGGCAGGGCUGUGGGAUGUGGUGUCUGACGGACGCGGGAGAGAUGCUGUGAGCUCUGGUAUUAGCAGGCAGCUGCGCACCGAGCAUCUCUCUCCUCUCUUCCUCCCUCCUCCUCCUCCUCCUCCCUCCUACCGUCGCCGACCAUUCGCUGGAAACACACGGCUCCACACGGCUCGCUGUGCUCUCUCUCUACUACCGCUGGCUGUUAUCUGCGCGGGGAUUUGACACACACACACCAGAGAGAUGUUCCUAUUCGGGAGGAAGGCCACACGUGUAUUUCUACGCGGACUGUGGUUUUAGUGAUCGUGAGCUGGGAUCCCGCUGUCAAGCACAGGUUCAUUGUGCUUGGCUCACCACUGCUGUGUUCUCAGCCAACUUCUCCUUUCACUAGAUGAUAAAAACAGUCCACAGGAUUGCCAUCCAUGGUUUCUGUCCUAAUAAAUACUAUAUCAUCCUACAUUAAAAACAUUUGCAAAGGAAUGUUUACAAAGAAAUUGGCAAACCCAAUAAAGAAGAAAGAGAGAAGCGAAAAUAAAGAACCCAAAUUGACCACUGAUUUGCAAGCACACAAUCUAACUCUCUCUACCACACUGAAGACUACCGUUAAAAAGAUUUCCAAAUGCUCUUCAGCACGUAACAUAUCACUUGAAGAAGACGACGGAAAGAACGACUGUUCAUCCCUGUCACCCACUUUCAGUUAUCGUGUAGCUAUAGCAAAUGGACUCCCGAAAAACUCUCUUUUUUUGAAUAAUAAUGAAAGUAUUUUUCCUGAGGUUCUUUUGAUAGAUAGUAGUCACUCUGACUCCUUGAGUGAGACAAAACCUGUCAGGAGACUUGAUGAGCAUAAAUCACACACUAUGCCGGUAAGACGAAACAGGAAGAGCCUCAUCAGUUUGGCUCCCUCCGAUGGCAGCUCUGAGGGUGAACGAGUGGAACGCUCCAGUCUACACACACUUAGGCUGGGUGCUCUACGCAAGUUAAGAAAAUGGAAAAAGAGUCAGGAAUGCGUCUCCUCAGACUCCGAGGUGAGCAAUUGGAGGAAAACCUUGGGCAUACGGAGCAAGUCCUUGGACCGCGCUGGACGGCAGCAAAAGAGCUCGACACUGGAGCCUGGCUCAUCCUCCACCGGUUGCAUCAGUCAGACCCAGGAUGUCAUGGAGAUGAUCUUUAAGGAGCUUCAGGGGAUCAGCCAGAUAGAGACAGAACUGUCUGAGCUACGUGGCCAUGUAAAUGCUCUAAAAAGCUCCAUUGAUGAGAUCUCCAGCAGUGUGGAAGUAGUUCAGAGUGAGAUUGAGCAGCUUCGCUCAGGAUUUGUCCAGUCCAGAAGGGAAACACGUGAUAUCCAUGACUACAUAAAACAAAUAAGCCACCAGGCCAAUAAUUCAACCUUGCGGUUCCUCAAUGUUCCUGAAGAGAGGCCAGAGAAAACAGAGAUUCUAAUAUACAAAAUACUAAAAGACAAAAUGGGUUUCAUUGAUGCCCUUAAAACAAUUAAAAUUGAGCUUGCUCAUAGGUUAGGGCAACAGAGAGAAUGUUCUAAUGCAAAACCCCGGCCUAUUAUUGUUAUUUUUGCAACAACCCAAGAGAGGGAUAUAGUCUUAAAAAAGUGCUAUAAGCUUAAAGGAACAGGCAUUACAGUCUCCACUGAUAGCUUAACUCAUGAAGGAAAGGAGAGAAAAGACAAAACAAUGUCUUCCUCACAAACCUAUGAAAGCAUGGAUAUAAAGGUCUCAGGAAAGGAUAAAGUGGUGGAGAGUGAUGACUGGGACUCAAUGGACAGUGAUAAAGAAUUAGACGAAUUAAGCAGAAAUAAAUAUGCAAUGGUGGUUUCAAAGCCUGUUCACAAGAGCAAAUCAGAGAAGAGGCGAGCCCAUGACCAAAGCCGGUCAGGAGAGGAAGCAGGCUACUCAGGCGCCGUUCACUAUGCUGAUGACACUUACUAUGACCCAGACAAGCAUGCAAAGGCCUACUACGCUGAUUUGACCCCUGGUUGGCUUUCCCAGAGUGACUAUUCCACCCCUAAACUCAGCCGCUCUGAGUCUGACUGCUCAAAACUUUGCCAGUCAUACUCAGAAGACUUUUCAGAGAGUCAGUUCUUUACACGGGCUAAUGGCUGCUCCCUGCUGUCCUCCUCAGAUCAGGAACUGUGGCAGAGAAAACAAGAAGACAUGGCCUCGUCCUGGUACGCUGGCGACAGUCUCCCACUAAGCCAUGAGAAUCAAACAUAUGAACACAAUGAGGUUGAGACUACAGAAACUAUUGACAGUGGGGUGAGCAAUGGACUUGUCUGCAUGUCUGGGGACAGAAGCCACUACAGUGGCUCCCAGCUCUCUCUGCAAGGAGACCUAUCACCCUGGAAAGACUGGCAUCAUCUGGAGCAGGGUGCUGAUUCUGGAUUGGAAGCCUCCAUAGAGGUUAGCAGUCCCUUUGACCCGUCAACCAUCCCCGGUUUUCCAGAAAACAUCACUAAAUGUCAGGAGGUUGAUUUACAAUUUGAAGGAGAUGAAGAAUUCAUGUUGCUCGACAGAGAAUCUUCCCUACCACCUAUAACCACCCACAUUAUUCCUCCCAUCACAGAACGGGAGCCUGUCAUCAAGCCAUCCGCCCGGCAGUCUAAGGAGGUAAAUAAGAUGAUCACAAAAGAAAGCACGAAAAUAUCAUCUAAAGAUACCCCUAAAGCUGCAGCUAAAGUUACAAAUAAACAACCCAAAUUGGCUCCUAAAGAAGAAACCACCAAAAUAUUGCCAAAGGAAAGCCCGAGGGUAUCUGCUAAGGCUUCAUCUAAAGUGACCUCUAAAGCAGCUCCUAAAGAGUCACCUAGAGAGAUUCAGAAAUCAGCAGCUAAAGAAUCCUCUCAAGCCCUCCCUAAAGACAGUCCUAAAGUCCCACAUAAAGAUGUCACAAAGCCCACUGUUAAAGAAGUAUCUAAAGUGACGUCUAAGAUAACUUCUAGUGAGGUUGCUAAAGUCACUCCUAAAGUGACCCCAAGAGAGAGCCCAAUAAUGACUCCUAAAGAAAGUCCUAAAGAGUCACCUAAAGAGAGCCCUAAAAUAACCCCAAUUGUGAGUCCCAUUUCAACCCCUAAAGAGUCCCCUAAAGAAUCCCCUAAAGAGUCUCCUAAAGUCAUUGCUAAAGAUCCCCCACAAGUUGCAUCUAGAGAAGGUAUAAAGGUUGUUGCUAAAGAGGUUACCAAAGAAGCUGCAAAACUACCCCCAAAAGAGGUCCUAAAAGAGAUGCCUAAAGUAGCAUCUAAGGAGACUGGUAAAGUACCCACUAAAGAAGUUCCACCUAAAGAAGUUUCUAAGAUUCCACCUAAAGAAGUUUCUCAGAUUCCACUGAAAGAAGUUUCUAAGAUUCCACCUAAAGAAGUCCCGAACGUAGCCCCUAAAGAGAGUCCUAAGGUGCCCCCCAAAGAGUCCCCUAAGGCCAGCCCAACAGAAGCCCCGAAAGUAGCUCCCAAAGUAGCCUCGAAAGAUGCCCCUAAGGAAACACCCAAAGUAGUUCCUAAAGAUAAAUUCCCUGAACUGGAUGUCAAUCAUAGCUUUCAUCAGACCCAAAAUAAGACUACAACUAUGUACCGCAGUCAGAGCGAGAUUCGGACAGAGAAGGUUGAGGAGGUUCCCAAGUCUUGGAGUAGUAGGCUCAGCAUAGAUCUUAGUGAGAAGUCCUUUGGUUUUGGCUUUGGCUCUUCACUGCAGAGGGCUAAGUCAGCUCUGGAGGUUGUUUGGAAGUCUGGUACCCCUGCUCCUACCCCUGCUCCUCAGGAGGAGCCCACCAACUCAUCAUUCAUGGGGCGGUUCCGCACCCUGUCCACCUCUGGUGUAACUAACUCUACAAUAGACUCAGAUGCCCACACAGAGCCUGCCUUCAGGAAGGCAGAGGACAAGAAAGCAAGUGCAGAUGCAGAAGCUGGGGAACAACCAGUGGACAAUGAGACCCACUAUGUUGAAGUGAUGGAGCAGGUACUAGCUAACUUGGAGAACAGAACUAAUGCUAGUGAGGGAGAGGAGACGGAUGAACCUGUGCAGGAAUGUGAGACUUCUCAGGACUAUGAUGUGUCGGAUGACAUUGAGGCCUCUCAAGACGAUGAUGCCUUUCUGGAUUUUGAGGCACCUCAAGAUGAUUUUGAAGCCACAGAUGAGGCAGCUAAAGAGGCAUGUGUUCUGGAGUACGAUUGCAGUCAGGAUGAAGAGUACAGUGAGGACACGGCUGAAUAUGACGCGAUGGUGGAAUAUGUAGACGUAGAAGAACCGGAUGACGAUGUGACAGAGGAGAUGGACAACGCUGAUGAGGAGUUAGAGGAGGUAGAGGAGAUAACAGAGGAGGCCACUGAGGUGUCUGAAAAAGUAGAGCAACAUCAGGAGGAUGAAAACAAAAAUGUUCCAGAGGAGAAGCCCGCAGAGGCCCCACCCAAGAAACGUGUGAGACCCACAUUCAAGGAGGCAGCACUGAGGGCCUACAGGAAACAGAUGUCUGAACUGGAGCAGCAGAUCCUGGCUGGGGACAGCAGUGCUUUGGAUACACAGCCUCGCAGUCUUUUGGACCCCAAAUUGCUCGGCUUGCAGUCUGGAGGGGCUGGCAGUAUUCUUUACGGUAUUGACAGCAUGCCAGAUUUACGCCGCAAGAGGACAGUGCCUCUUGUCCGAGACCUGGCUUUGACCCUCACUGCUCGAAAGGCAGGCAUCUCGUUCGCUCUGGUGAACCGGUCCACCCUGAAUAAUGAGGAUCUGAAAUCUCACGUCUUCAAGAAGACUCUCCAGGCCUUGAUUUACCCGAUUUCAUCCACAACACCCCAUAACUUCGAGGUGUGGACGGCGACUGCGCCCACCUACUGCCAUGAGUGCGAGGGGCUGCUGUGGGGCAUCGCCCGUCAGGGCAUGCGCUGCUCAGAGUGUGGCGUUAAAUGCCACGAGAAGUGCCAGGACCUGCUCAAUGCAGAUUGUUUACAAAGGGCAGUUGAGAAGAGCUCCAAGCACGGGGCGGAGGACAAGACCCAGAAUAUCAUCAUGGCCAUGAAGGAGCGCAUGAAGAUAAGGGAGAAGAACAGUCCCGAAGUGUUCGAGGUAAUCCAGGAGAUGUUCAUCGUCUCCAAAGAAGACUUCACCAGCCAUCUGAAGACGGCCAAGCAGGCUGUUCUGGAUGGGACCUCCAAGUGGUCUGCCAAAAUCAGCAUCACAGUCAUGAGUGCACAGGGCUUACAGGCCAAGGAUAAAACUGGCUCCAGCGACCCUUACGUCACCGUCCAGGUGGGCAAGACCAAACGCAGGACGAAGACCAUCUUCGGCAACCUCAACCCGAUCUGGGAUGAGAAGUUUUACUUCGAAUGUCACAACGCCACCGAUCGCAUCAAAGUGCGCGUGUGGGACGAGGACGAUGACAUCAAAUCACGGGUGAAGCAGCACUUCAAGCGCGAGUCAGAUGAUUUCCUGGGCCAGACCAUCAUCGAGGUUCGCACUCUCAGUGGAGAGAUGGACGUCUGGUACAAUCUAGAUAAAAGGACUGACAAGUCUGCGGUAUCUGGUGCCAUCAGACUGAAGAUCAGUGUGGAAAUGAAAGGGGAGGAGAACGUGGUUCCUCCUCACGGCCAGUACACCUGUUUACAUGAGAACCUGUUCCACUACCUGACCGAGGUGAAGAACAGCGGGGUAGUGAAGAUCCCGAAGGUGAAAGGGGACGAGGCGUGGAAGGUCUACUUUGACGACGUGUCUCAGGAGAUAGUGGACGAGUUCGCCAUGAGAUACGGAGUGGAGUCCAUCUAUCAGGCUAUGACGCACUUCUCCUGUCUGUCCGCCAAAUACAUGUGUCCCGGUGUGCCAGCAGUGAUGAGCAACCUGCUUGCUAAUAUCAAUGCCUACUUCGCCCACACCACCACCACCACCACAACCACUGCCUCCGCCUCUGACCGAUUUGCUGCCUCUAACUUUGGAAGGGAGAAAUUUGUCAAAUUACUGGACCAGCUGCAUAACUCACUGAGGAUCGACCUCUCUAAAUAUCGGGAUAAUUUCCCUGCGGGAAAUCCAGAGCGUCUCCAAGAUCUCAAGUCCACUGUUGAUCUGCUGACCAGCAUCACCUUCUUCAGGAUGAAGGUACAAGAGCUCCAGAGUCCACCCAGAGCCAGUAUGGUGGUGAAGGACUGCGUGAAGGCGUGUCUGGACUCCACAUACAAAUACAUUUUUGAUAACUGUCAUGAACUGUACAACCAACUCCUUGACCAGAGCCGGAAGCAGGACAUUCCCCGAGAGGAGCAGGGUCCGUCCAUAAAGAACCUGGAGUUCUGGCCAAAACUCAUCACUCUCAUGGUGUCCGUCAUCGAUGAAGACCGGACAGCUUACGCCCCAGUCAUUAACCAGUUUCCACAGGAGCUGAAUGCGGGCAGGAUCAGCGCUGAGAUCACGUGGAGCCUCUUUGCCCUGGAUAUGAAGUAUGCAAUGGAAGAGCAUGACAAGCACCGCCUAUGCAAAAGUACUGAAUACAUGAAUCUUCACUUCAAAGUCAAAUGGUUCCACAAUGAGUAUGUUCGUGACCUGCCGGCCUUCAAGGACGUUCCUCCUGAGUAUUCUCUGUGGUUUGAGCCGUUCGUCAUUCAGUGGCUUGAUGAGAACGAGGAUGUUGCCAUGGAUUUCGUCAAUGGAGCGCUGGAAAGGGACAAGAAAGAUGGAUUCCAGCAAACCUCGGAGCACGCCCUCUUCUCCUGUUCGGUGGUGGAUGUGUUCACUCAACUAAACCAGAGUUUUGAGAUCAUCAAGAAGCUGGAGUGUCCAAACCCGCAGGCUCUGGCUCACUUCAUGUGCCGUUUUGCGAAGACUAUCAACAAAGUUCUUCUGCAAUAUGCUGCAAUCAUAUCGAAGGACUUUCCUUUGUAUUUGAGCAAGGAGAACGUGCCCUGCAUCAUCCUCAACAACAUCCAGCAGCUCCGUGUCCAACUGGAGAAGAUGUUUGAGUCCAUGGGCGGCAAACAGGAGGAGGGGGUUGUGUCCUUCUGUAAGCUGGAUGCAGAGGCCAGUGAUCUGCUAAAGGAGCUGCAGAAUAAACUCAACACGGUGCUGGAUGAGCUCAGUGGAGUGUUUGGCUCCAGUUUCAAAGGUGUGAUCGAGGACUGUGUGAAGCAGAUGAACCAGGAGCUGGUUCAGAUGAAAGGCCCGGCCAAAGGGAGCAACGCUGCCAUGGAUGCAGAGUCUGUCCUCCGGCCUCUUAUGGACCUCCUGGAUAAAAAUUUGAUGUUAUUUGCCAAGAUUUGUGAGAAGACUGUGCUGAAACGAGUCCUCAAAGAGCUAUGGAAAAUCGUCCUGAACACCAUCGAGAGAACAAUUGUUCUGCCUCCACUGAGUGACCAGAGUCAAGGAGCUCAGAUGAUCUUCAAUGCUGCCAAGGACUUGGGACAGCUGUCCAAACUGAAGGAGCAUGUCACUCGAGAAGAAGCCAGAAGUCUGACUCCACGACAGUGUGCAGCCAUGGACCUCGUGCUUCCCACCAUCAAGCAAUACUUCCAUGCUGGAGGAAAUGGGCUGAAGAAAACCUUCCUCGAAAAGAGCUCCGAUAUGAAGUCCCUCAAAUAUGCUCUCAGCCUUUACACUCAACCUACAGAUGCCUUGAUCAAGAAAUAUAUAUGCACCCAAACCUCUCAAGGUCAGUCAUCCAACGGAUCCGUGGGGGAGGUGUCGAUGCAAGUGAAUCUCAUCUCUCACCCUGGCACUGGAGAGCACAAAGUCAGCGUGAAGGUGGUCGCAGUGAACAACCUCAUCUGGCAAACCAACGCCAUGUUCCGGCCGUUUGUAGAGGUCAACGCCGUGGGACCACACCUGGCUGACAAGAAGCGCAAAUUCAGCACCAAGACCAAGAAUAACAAUUGGUCACCAAAGUACAAUGAAACAUUCCAAUAUGUUCUAAGUAAUGAACAUGGUCCGGAGGCCUACGAGCUGCACGUCUCGGUAAAGGACUACUGCUUUGCCCGCGAGGACCGCAUCAUCGGCAUGACGGUCAUCCAGCUCAGAGAGCUGGCGGACAAGGGCAGCUGCUCGGCCUGCUACCCCCUGAUGAAGAGCGUCUCCAUGGACGAAACUGGCCUCACCAUCAUGAGGAUACUCUCUCAAAGGACCAACGACGAGGUGGCCAAAGAGUUUGUGCGUCUCAAGACGGACACACGCUCGACGGAGGAAGUGUCAUAAUGUGCAACAAAAAUGCAGUAUUAAAAAGAGUUGUGUUGUCUUAAGUGGAAGAUGAAGAGAAAAAUUGAGAAGGAGAAAGAGCAGUAGCAGCAGAUGUUCUUUCUGGAUAGAAGCUGGAGAAUGAGUUUGUCCAAAGAGAAGCGCAGGAGGCCCAAAUGUGGCGAGACAGCAAGACGGUGAGAGAGAGAGAGAGAGAGAGUUGUGUUUGUUUGUUUGUUUUUGUGCAUGUGCGUAAAACAUCUGUUGGAAUGUUCAUUUUAAAACUACAGUAUGUACAAGUGUUUACUUACCGUAUGCUUACUAUUAAGUACUAUAUUCUACGAGUUAUGUUAACGAGACAUGAAAUACCUUUUGUACAACAUUUAGUCUUUUUGAACAGAGAUUUGUUCCAAUAAAGUGCCAAACCAGUGAAAAAAAGAACAAAACCAACGUAUAUGAAUUAUGGUGAACUUAGUAUGUUUGAAAUUUGCUCGAUUAUUUUGUCCGGUGUAAGUCAUUUUCUGACCGUGUGGCGUUUUGAUUGUUGCAAAGUCUUUCAUUUUGCACCCUCGUUUUUUGGCUUCACGUUCUUCCACACAGCACUGUUGUGCAUGUCCUCUUCUCGGUCAUGUCUCUCCCAUGAUUCCACAGUGACCACCGAGCAGGGUCCUGUCCCCUUGCCUUCAAACUGUUUGUAUUUUAAGUCGACCUGAAAAUAGACCAUGUUUUUUUAAAUGGCGAUGACUGCUAUGUAAACCUUCAUAGGUGUUUGUAAUUUUAUAACCAUGACAACAAUGACGACAGCCUCCAGUGCUAACAGUCUUAGCAGAAAGGAUGGAAAUGUUUUCUUUUUCUUUGGCUUUUUUGUUCUUUGUUUUCGGCCAUCAGCUUCCAGCCUUUCUGAAUGACCACUGUGAACAUGAGCUUUGGAAGGCAAGCUUACAUGACAUUGCUGACAGUUUGAUAUUAUUGUUUCAUAUUUUUCCGAUAACUUUGUUCCUGAUAAACUGCCAAAGUUAUAUAAAAUAUUUGUACAAAAGCAAUCCAUUACAUGUAUGAAGAUAAAUAUGUACAUGUGAUCUAUUACUUUUUCAAUGCUUAAUAUUUGAUUAUUGAUAGGGUGGUACUACUAAGAUUUUAUUUUUUUUAUUUCCUGUGAAGCUGUUAACCAAUAUGAAAGUUGCACAUGUUACUUUACACAUUAGUUAUAUCAGCUUCUGUCAUUGGAAUUAUUUUUCUUCAUAAAGGAAAGAGUCUAACAUUUGGUAAAUAUGCAACAUUCCUAUGUAUUGCACUGAUGGCGAAUUGUAUGUCAUGUAAAUAUAUUUAGUGAGAUAUUGUACAAAAGUCUACUUUUCUUCAAUGUGCAUAAAGUAUGUGCAAAUGUG